AUGAACACUACCACUACGAUUCCAACGACAACUACAACCGCAACUACAACUACAACUACAACCACUACUCAGCAACAAGUAAUUCCUAAUAUUCCAGCCAAUGCCCAAUGGGCACAGGAUGGAUUGACUGUUGCUGGAGGCCAUGGAUUUGGCAAUGAUACCAAUCAACUUAAGAAACCUCAAGGUCUCGCCGUCGAUGAUAAUCAAACGAUAGUCAUCACUGAUUCCUGGAAUCAUCGAGUCAUCGAAUGGAAGAUGUAUGAUACCCACGGACAGGUGGUAGCUGGGAGCCAUGGUCAAGGAAGUCGACUGGAUCAAUUACAUAGUCCAACCGACGUGUUGAUCGACGAAGAGACGAAUAGUCUUAUUAUCUGUGAUCGAUGGAAUCGACGAGUUCUACGAUUGUCUCGUAGUAGUAGUACAGCUCAAGGAGAAAUUCUCGUGGACAAAAUCAUGUGUAUAGGAUUGGCUAUGGAUGAUCAGAGAUAUCUCUACGUCUCUGACGACGACAGGCAUGAAGUAAGACGAUAUCAAAUAGGAGACAAAAAUGGAACUUCUGUUGCUGGAGGUCAUGAACAAGGUGAUGGUCUCAAUCAAUUCAACUAUGCUGGCUACAUCUUUGUCGAUGAACAACAGGCCGUCUACGUAUCAGACAGCCAGAAUCAUCGUGUGAUGAAAUGGGAUAAAGGUGCAAAAGAAGGGAUUGUUGUUGCUGGUGGUCACGGUUCUGGAAGUGCUCUGACACAAUUGUACUGGCCUCAUGGACUGUUCGUCGAUGCAUUGGGUACUCUCUACGUGGCAGAGUAUGGAAAUCAUCGGGUAACGCGCUGGUCUAAAGGAGCGACGAAGGGCACAGUUAUUGUGGGUGGAAAUGGCGAAGGAGAAGGAACAAGGCAGUUGAAUCGGCCCACGGGUUUGGCCUUCGAUCGAUAUGGCAAUCUCUAUGUUGCCGAGUGGGAGAAUAAUCGAGUUCAACGAUUUUCUAUCAGAUAG